UCAGACGUAGCUUUAAGCACCCAGGUACAAAUGACAAGGCCACCGGCGUCCGGCGGGAUAUCUUCCCAAAUGAACCACGCACAGCACUUCUGAUCCGUGUAAUUUCUGCCGUCUUCAUCAUCAUCAGGCGCGGCUAGUUAAUGCCAGCGGUGCGUAUCUGACAAGGUCUCGACCGAACAUUAUCUGAUGCUGCUGCUCUUCUCUUGAUGGAUAUCUGUUCCAGUUUGAAAGCAAACGACGCCAUUCGCCAUGAAUGACAAAGCUUCCGAUCACUCCGUGCAACUACUACCGCUGCUGCUGCAUCGAGAACUUGCUUCCAGACGGAAGAUCGAGACAGACAGCGCACUCCAUCCACACGACGAUUGCAGCACUUGAUCAGCCGAGGCGAUGGAGUCAUACGAGCCGCAUGUCCUACCUGUGCCUUUGGCACCACAACUGCACCCAUGCUGCCUGCGUGCCGCGCGAGAUGGAAUCUCUGGAGAUGACGCCGAUGGGCGAAUAUAUAUGGACCGUGUCUACUAGGAUGAGUACUGCUAGACAGUCUUGCUCCCAAAUAAUUAUGCUCCUCGUUCCUGGCAAAGAGAAGAUGCGCUUCUUCCUUUUCAUUCCAUUCUUUCUUUGGGCUGCAAAUUGCAGAGCCGGUGACGAGUCGUUCUCGCUUCGCAGCCUGGUCCGGCUUUCGGACGAGAGCGCGUGUGCGCCGUGCUUGCGUUGGCAUCGAAUGGCCGUGCGCAUUGGAUUCCAGAUGGCCAAGUGGGAGGAGCUGUGCCCGUGUGCCGUACCGGCGAGGAGUAAAUUUACUCUUGAACCACUCAACAUCGUGGAAGGAACACGGAGAGGUGCCGUCCGGAGAAGGAACAGAGUAAGCAGCGUGUUGGACAGGGCCGGGUGUUUGUGAGUGCAGAAAAUAGAAAGCAACACUGCUUCUUUUUUAAAAGAGAGCGAGCAUUUCGGUGAUAAGACAAGCUUGGAACCAAGAAACUGCCGACGAGCGACGACAGCGGGGAACACGCAGACGCAACAAGAAGCCUCGACUCAACUAAGUAGUACAAAAGCAGGAGGCUUAGGAAAAGAAAGAUCUAUUUUUUAAAUUCAGAUGCAGGGAAAAAGGAGGAAAACAUGGGGAGCAGUGUACCGGGGGACUCGAGAACUUGUCGACGGAGACGGCUGCGACGUCGAUGCCUUGGCUCCAAGUCGCGCAUAAAUAAAUAAAUAAAACCAACGAAAUAAAUAAAGAAAACAGAAAACGAGAGAA